AUGAAAGUUGCUCAGAGUAGGCAAAAGUCUUAUGCAGACAAGAGGAGGAAACCUUUGGAGAUUUCAGAGGGAGAACAUAUAGUUUUGAAGGUAACUCCUACCACAGGUGUGGGAAGAGCUAUUAAAGCUAAGAAGUUGAAUACUAAGUUUAUUAGGUCGUAUCAGAUUCUCAAGAGGAUUGGAUCAGUGGCAUAUCAAAUUGCAUUACCUCCAUUCUUGUCUAAAUUGCAUGAUGUGUUCCAUGUUUCACAACUGAGGAAGUAUAUUCACGAUCUGAGUCAAGUCUUAGAAUUAGAGGCAGUGCAAAUUAAGGAGAAUUUAACUUUUGAGAAACAGCCAGUCUCAGUGGUAGAUAAGAAAGUUACACAGUUGCGGGGUAAAUCUAUCAAUUUGGUAAAGGUUAUUUGGGAUGAGGUUACUAAUGAAGCUACUUGGGAGUUGGAAGAUAGGAUGAAGGAUCAAUACCCAUAUCUCUUUUUGAGUAAGUGA